CUGAACAAAUGGUCAUGGAAUAUUUGAGAAAACAAAAUCGUCCAUAUAGUGCCACUGAUGUUAUAAAUAAUCUUCGUGGAGCUGUCACAAAAACCGUUGCACAAAAGGUCUUAAAUUCACUUGUUGAAAAAAAUGAAAUUAAUUGUAAACCCUAUGGGAAACAAUCUGUUUAUUGUAUAAAACAAUUCAAUGGAUUAAAUAGCUCUUUAACCAAUAAACAAAUUGACGAGAGAAUCGAAAUUGUAAAAGAAGAGAAUCAAAAGUAUGGUGAAAGGUUACAAGUAUUACAAUCAGGAACGGUGCAAAUAUCUGACGAAGAAAAAAAACAAAUAGAUGAAGGAUAUGAAAAGAAUCGCAAACUAUGGAGACAAAGAAAAAGAAUGUUUUAUGAUAUGUUUAAUUUAAUUUUAGAUUAUACAGAAAAAAAGAAAACGGAUUUUAUGCUAGAUCCGGUUGAAAUCGACGAGGACCCUUUGAAAGAUUUGUAA